UAUUUAUUGAUGGAGGAUGAGUCGCAGGAGAGGGGAUAAAGCGGAAGUGCGGUGUGUAGCGAGAGCGGAGGAAGACGGCAAAACAGCGAGACAACUAAAGCUGAGGAAGUAAAAGAGAGACAGUGGAAUCCCUCGAAACCGGACCUCUGAGAGAAACUGGUUGCAGUGCGUUGAGCUCUCAGGGCCACCGUAGACUUCAGUAUAAAGGCACAGUGACUGCGGAAGUGAAAGAGUUCGAGACGGAGAGAGAGCGAGAGAGAACGAUGAAGCAGUGAUUUCACAGCCACGGUCAACACGUCGCAACUGGACUCGGACAACGAUGAAGCUUCAUCUGCUCGUGAGUUUCCUGAGUCUGUGGAGAAGAAGCGAUGGAACCGGUGCAGCCCCCAUCAAAGUGCUGGUGAAAAAAGGGGAUGAUGUCAUUUUACCAUGUUCCUUCAGCAGCGAGAACAUCAGGCAGGAGCUCUUUGACUGGAAUAAGGACAAGAAGGGGGUGUUCAUGUACGAUAAGGGAAAAGUUUACGAUAAGGGAGAUUCACGUCAGGACGAGCAGUUCAGAGGUCGUGUCUUUCAUUUCCCAGAACAUCUGGACGAGGGUAACGCCUCCAUAGUCAUCAGAGCCACCAAGUUGACUGACAGUGGAAACUACACCUGUUUAUUUCCACUUCUUGUUCCAGAGAGACGAUCGAACAUUGAACUCGUUGUCGUGAUGAAAACAUCUCAGGUGAGUCGGAUCCGCAGGUUUCAGCAAAUGUCACCUUGAGAAAUAUCACGUGACAAUAACACUUCACUCAUCAUGAACACAUGAAUCAGUUUUUUUCAUUAAAUAAGAAUUUCAUCAAAUUUAAUGUUUGAUUCUGACUCAAUCUAUGAAUAGAAAAAAUCUCUGAUUUAAUUAUGGUUCCUUUAUUCAAUUAUCACCGUGUUCUAAUUUUUAACUAACAACAACAAAUUACACAUUUGUUUGAUUUAAUACAGAAUAUUGUAACAAUGAAAAAAGUUCUUUUGUCAUUAGAGUCAGAAAAUUAUUCUUGACACAAGCUAGAAAUCAAAAUGUUGUGAUAUUAAAUUUUUUCUUGUUAUAUUCUUUAUUUAUUUGACAGUUGUAUACAAAAACUUACAUCAGCCCAAGGGCAAUUUUCUUUCUUCUGCUGUCAACCUUUUUCAAAAUUGGGUAACUUUGUACAUUUUGGGAGAGGUACAGUGCGUACAUGUAGACAAUAAUCACAGAUCAAUAGAGAAAAACAAAUAAAUGAAUAAAAACAAGCCGAAUAA